UAGUGAGUCUCCAAAGUGAGUCUCCAAUACCGCCUCGCAACAGAUACUUGGAGGAGUGUAGUAUAUUUUCAAAGGACCGGCAAAUCAUGCAAAGUUUCAAGAGGGGAUGGCUGUUUUCGCAAACCAUACUUUUGGAAUUUUCUUGGAAUACAGCAAAAACACUAUCUCUUUUGGACCCACUAGAACACUUUUAUUUCUGACAGACCUAAUGUUCUGAAAUAUUUGCGGAGAUGAUUCAGUACUACAUUGUAUUUGAGAUAUUUAUAGCUAUUUUAUCCAUCUCUGGCAAUGUAUUGGUUUGCUGGGCUGUCGCCAUCAACACCACUCUGAAAACCACUACGAACUACUUUUUGGUGUCUUUGGCUGUGGCAGAUAUUUUGGUGGGUUGCCUUGCCAUCCCCUUUGCCAUAACCAUAAGCAUCGGUAUAUUUUUGGACUUCUAUGGAUGUCUUUUCCUUGCCUGUUUUGUUUUGGUACUGACUCAAAGCUCAAUUUUUAGUCUCCUUGCAGUUGCAAUUGAUAGAUAUUUGGCCGUCAAAAUACCCCUCAGGUACAAGGAGCUGGUGACGGGUACGAGGGCCAGACGAAUCAUCGCCAUCUUAUGGAUCCUGUCUUUCGUCAUCGGCCUCAUCCCAUUCCUGGGUUGGAACCUGAAGGAGACUUCCUGCCGUCAGAAUGUCUCCAGUAGCCUGACGAAUGGCAAGUCUUUGGGGGACAAUGCCAGUACCACCAUCCCCCCCCUGGUGGAUGAUCUGGGCAGUGCAAGUGACUUCCUGAGCAGCUGCAAGCUUAACUGCCUGUUUGAGAGUGUGGUGGACAUGCACUACAUGGUCUACUUCAACUUCUUUGGCUGCGUCCUGCCUCCUCUGUUUAUCAUGCUGGGCAUCUAUGUGAAGAUCUUCACCGUGGCCCGCAAGCAGAUGCACCAGAUUGAACUCAAGUGCUCAGUGAGCAGCAAUGGGGACAGCCACCAUCACGGGCUCCUGCAACGCGAGAUCCGUGCCGCCAAGUCUCUGUCCAUCAUUGUGGGGCUGUUUGCCCUAUGCUGGCUGCCCGUGCACAUCCUCAACUGCCUGACCCUGUUUUACAAGGACCUGUGCAAGCCGGCCCCCGUCAUGUACAUAGCCAUCAUGCUGUCACAUGCCAACUCAGCCGUCAACCCCGUUAUCUAUGCCUACCGCAUCCAGGACUUCAGGAACACAUUCCGAAAGAUCCUGACGCGUCAUGUCCUAUGUCAGAAGGAUGAGCCUUACCUCCACUCCUCCAAUGGGAGCAGGCGGAACAGAGACCAGAUCCACAUGACCAUUGACCCUUUACUCUGAGGGGUGGGGCUACAUGGGGCAUGACCCUUUACUGUAAGGGAAGACACCAGUGUUCGUGAGGCGACUAGCCCCGCCUACAUAACUUUACUUCAAGUGUGGGGCCACAGGCCAGGGGUAUGACUCAAGGAGAGACCCAACCCCCCAAAAUACUAUCUGUGUUCAUGUUAUUGUUGUAUUGUAUUCUUCAAUGACAUUUUAAGUGAGAUUAUAAAUGUUUACAGAACAAAGAGAGUGGGUAUGAUGAAAUGUGAAACUGAAUAGAUGAUCUGCCUUGAAUGGGGAGAAUUGCUUAUGAGUUAAUCUGAGUAUCAGGGGCCAGGUGAUGAAAAGGUAGCCUGGUCCCAGACGUGUUUGUGCUGUCUUUCCCACUCCUAUGGUCAUUGUCAUGGCCACAGGAGUUGGCAAGACACCACAAACACAUCUGGGACCAGGCAAGUGAAAAGCAGGCAAGAGUCUUAUUUACUUUAAAGCUGGAAUCCGUAUUAGGUAAAACUGCCUUUUGCAAUUUAUAACAACAAAUAAGUUACUUCAAACAACGAACUUCUAGUUUUUUUUCCCUCUGAUAUAACUUCACAUGCAUUAGAACAGCCACUCUGCUGGAUGCUUCUCUCCUCUGUUUCAUCAACAAAACAAAAACAAUAACAAAUGCACUGGGGUGAACAAUGGCACAGUUCACCUUAUGAUUUCAACUGUUAAGGAUUUUAUUUUUAUUUUGUCAAAGCGAACUGGAUUUGCAGGACUGUGAAAUGAACCGAUUACUACAAGAUAACACAUAAUUUACCAUUCCUACACAUUAAUCAUAACUCAAAACAUUGCUUUUUCUAAGCCUUAACUUUUCAAAAUAAUAUACAUCAAUUGUUCAACUUUUAUACCAAUGUUUGGUAUUUUAUUUAUUGUCAUGUAGCAAACAUUUAUUUAACCUGGCUGAGAUGUGUACUGUAUUGUUCAUCAUGGGCUACAUCGCACUUGCUCAGUACAGGUCUUGUGUAAAAAACAGACAUAGGAAAGUCUGCCCAGUGGAACAAUUUAUGACAGCAACAUCAGUAAACUCUCCAGUGAGAGGGCAUAACACACACGCAACACAGCUCGGAGUGGAAAAGUAUUUUUAAACAGAAUAUAAACUUGUGGAGUGUUAUUGUGCUCUGCUUAAAUUUAGAAAAUGUCAUGGCUUCUUUAGUGUCAUGGAGAAAGCUCAGGAAUAUACAGAAUGUGGUGAGGAAGACUGACUGAGUGGUGAAAAAAUACAUCUGAAAUUCACAGACACAGAGGAUAUUUGUAGGUUGAGACGUCUGGCAAAAAAAAAACAAUAUUUAAAUCAUCACUCACAAAUACAGUUGAAGUCAUAAGUUUACAUACAUUUAGGUUGGAGUCAUUAUAUCUCGUUUUUCAACCACUCCACAAAUGUCUAGUUAACAAACUAUAGUUUUGGCAAGUCGGUUAGGACAUCUACUUUGUGCGUGACACAAGCCAUUUUUCCAACAAUUGUUUACAGAUAGAUUAUUUAACUUGUAAUUCACUGUAUCACAAUUCCAGUAGGUCAGAAGUUUACAUACACUAAGUUGACUGUGCCUUUAAACAGCUUGGAAAAUUCCAGAAAAUUAUGUCAUGGCUUCAGAAGCUUCUGAUAGACUAAUUGACAUCAUUUUAAUCAAUUGGAGGUGUACCUGUGGAUGUAUUUCAAGGCCUACCUUCAAACUCAGUGCCUCUUUGCUUGACAUCAUGGGAAAAUCAAAAGAAAUCAGCCCAAUACCAUAUUCAUCUGUACAAACAAUAGUACACAAGUAUAAACACCAGGGGACCACCUAGCUGUCAUACCGCUCAGGAAGGAGACGCGUUCUGUCUCCUAGAGAUGAACGUACUUUGGUGCGAAAAGUGCAAAUCAAUCCCAGAACAAUAGCAAAGGACCUUGUGAAGAUGCUUGAGGAAACAGGUACAAAAGUAUCUAUAUCCACAGUAGAACGAGUCCUAUAUCGACGUAACCUGAAAGGCCACUCAGCAAGGAAGAAGCCACCACUCCAAGACAGCCAUAAAAAAGCCCGACUACGGUUUGCAACUGCACAUGGGGACAAAGAUUGUACUUUUUUGAGAAAUGUCCUCUGGUCUGAUGAAACAAAAAUAGAACUGUUUGGCCAUAAUGACCAUCAUUAUUUUUGGAGGAAAAGGGGGAGGCUUGCAAGUCAACAUCAUCCCAACCGUGAAGCACGGGGGUGGCAGCAUCAUGUUGUGGGGGUGCUUUGCUGCAGGAGGGACUGGUGCACUUCACAAAAUAGAUGGCAUCAUGAGUUAGGAAAAAUAUGUGGAUAUAUUGAAGCAACAUCUCAAGACAUCAGUCAGAAAGUUAAAGCUUGGUUGCAAAUGGGUCUUCCAAAUGGACAAUGACCCCAAGCAUACUCCCAAAGUUGUGGCAAAAUGGCUUAAGGACAACAAAGUCAAGGUAUUGGAGUGGCCAUCACAAAGUCCUGACCUCAAUCCUAUAGAAAAUUUGUGGGCAGAACUGAAAAAGCGUGUGCGAGCAAGGAGGCCUACAAACCUGACUCAGUUAUGCCAGCUCUGUCAAGAGGAAUAGGCCAAAAUUCACACAACUUAUUGUGGGAAGCUUGUGGAAGGCUAUCCGAAACGUUUGAUCCAAGUUAAACAAUUUAGAGGCAAUGCUACCAAAUACUAAUUGAAUGUAUGUAAACUUCUGACCGACUGUGAAUGUGAUGAAAGAAAUAAUAGCUGAAAUAAAUCAUUCUCUCUUCUAUUAUUCUGACAUUUCACAUUCUUAAAAUAAAGUUAUGAUCUUAACUGACCUAAGACAGGGAAUUUUUACAAGGAUUAAAUGUCAGGAAUUGUCAAAAACUAAGUUUAAAUUUAUUUGGCUAAGGUGUAUGUAAACCUCCGACUUCAACUGUAUAUGCCUCAUUAUUUGAAAGGUUGAUUAUUACUUACUCAUGACAUCCCUUUUUAAAAUUAAAGAUUUACAUUAUCUGUUCUGACAAAUGACUUAUUUUAGGGUCUUACUGUAGCCUAAAUUAUAUGAGAAAACAAAUCUAGGAUACCCUCUUCCCUUGGCAUCCCUAGAAGGGCCAUUAUACAACCCUAACAUGGACACACACAUCCCUCACAUGAACACAGCUCUGAUAAUUUGCCUAAAUGUCUCUCUGUAACAAAAGGAGAAGAGAGAGAGGCUGGCGUCUCCACAUGGACACUUAGAUUUAAGUGUCAACUGAAACAAACCAGGUGGCUUCUAAUACUCAAUAAUGUCAGACUGUAACGACUUCCACUGCUUACUGUCUGUCCUUGUCCUCAGCAUGGCAGUUAAGAGCCAUGUGUUUCCACCCCCUCACUCAGUCAGAACUCCUAAAUUCACCACUUCACUCCACCAAGCCAAAUCAGUCAACACAAUGCUAAGGAGGUCCCUCUUUAUUGAACGAAUCAAGGAUCCAGGGUCCAUUCAGAAUUGAGUUGCUGAAAUAGAAAGUAGGAUUAAAUUAAAUUCAAAUGGGUUAUUUAUUCUGAAUUGCUUUGAAUUCUAUUCUACUUCCUUCAAUUCAAAAUCAUGGUUUGCAUUUAAAUACAUUUAAAAAAUCCAAAUUGACCCCAACCCUGCUAAGAACACUUCAGCCUAACCAAAUUGUAGGGGGCUGACAAGUUCUUGUUCUGUGAAAGACAAAAACAUGCUUUGUCAGUGUAAGAGUGUCAUUGCGGUAUUGUAUCUGUGAGUCUGAGACAGAUCUGUUAAAUAGACGGUGCAUUGCUCUUGGUUUGAAUUCCAAGAUGUCUCUCUCUACUUGACCACCCAAUGUAUGGUCUUGCACAUAUUUCCUGUGUGGAGAUAGAAAACCAAACCUCAAAAUAAUUCCAGUUUAAGGAGGCUCCGUUUGGACAUAAUGGCACACAAUUGGUGCUAAAACGAAGGUGGUUUUCCCCUCUGUUUUGAGAAGAGCCAUCCUCCGUGUGGUCAGAUGAGGAUUUAAAUGCACUGACAUUUUAGAUAACGCUAUUACAUUUUUAUGCUUUAAGAUAAAAUGUGUUGUGUAGUGUUGUUCGAGUGUUCACAAGGUUAAAGAGAUUGAACGGGAUCUUAAGCACUUACAAAUUCGUAAUAUAUUGUACAAAUUGGAGGACAGUAUUUCCAUUUCCUUGUUUUUUUUUUAUUUCUUCACCAUACUCAUCAACCUUGACCUCUUCAACUUCAAGGGCUAAACUAUAGGAGUGUGUAGAACCUCAAGUACAUUCCAUUUGAGACUGCACUGUACUGGUAUUACUAUCAUUUCUUCACUCAAAUGUGACCUUAGCAUCAAGAUACCAGGGCUGGGGUCAAUUCCAUUCCACUUCAGUCAAUAAACUAAAAUUCCAAUUUCCCAAAGUGCUUCUCAAUUAGCAAAAUGUGGAAUUGGAAUCUCAGUUUACUUCCAGAGUUGACUGAAUUGAAAUGGAAUUGAUCCCAACCCUGCUAGAUACUGUGGGUUGUAAAAGCCUUCAACAAGCAUGACUUGUGAAUGAUGAAUGAAAGAGAAAAAAACAUAAAAACAAGCUUUUCAUAGUGAUCCUGCCUUCCAUUCCAACCUGUGUGUUUGCACAUGUUAUAGUAUUGAUGCCACUAAUCAGUAGACUAAACAGUCCACUGUGGUUCACGUCUAUGAUGUUCAAUGUUUAAAUAAUUAUCCUUUCACUCAACUGACUACAACUGUAAACCAAUACUGCUAUUUAACACGAGAAGAUCUGUAUGUAUGGCAAAUGAUUUUGUUAAUAAAAGCUAUGCUUAUAUUGUUACAGGUCAGACUUUCAUAUUCUUAUAGGAAGAGUUUACAAACCUAUACAACAAUUUUCAAUGAUUUUAGUUUAGAACAAAUAAUAAAUAUACAAAGCCUUCUGAAAAACUGAAA